UCAACUCGUCGUCGUCGUUGUCGUCACUCACGUACACUUCUUCACCACCACCUUCACCUUCUCUUCCUUCCCUCUUGCCGCCGUCUCUCUCUCUCCUCCCCCUGUUUGUCACCCACACCCGCCUCGCCCGGACGUCGUUCGUGUACAUUCUUCUCCACCACCACCACCGUCUCCACCUCCACAACACCAGUCUUCGCGCGCCUCACUAUGGGCUUCGGCGACUUCUCCACAAUAUGCACGAAAGCGAGCAUCCCCAUGUGCGCGCUCGUCGGCCACCAGUCCAUCAACGGGGGCCACGGCAUCCAGGCGACGUGCUAUUCUCGCACCAUUGAACUGGCCAACACGCUCAUCUUCCAGGCCGCAAACGACUUUAUGCACAUUCUGGCUCUCAUCAUGACCGUCGUGAUGAUUAUCCACGUGCGCUCCAAGUUCACCGCUGUCGGUCGCAAGGAAAUCACCUCCUUCUUCUACAUCUACAUGGCCCUGACCGCGAUAUCCCUCGUUCUCGACGCCGGUGUCACCCCGCCCGGCUCAGCAUCCUACCCCUACUUCGCCGCCGCCCAGAAUGGCCUCACAUCCGCCCUCUGCACCUGCUUGCUAGUGAACGGUUUCGUGGGCUUCCAACUGUAUGAAGAUGGGACUACUCUGUCUGUGUGGCUCUUGCGACUCUGCUCCCUGGUCAUGUUCCUCGUCAGUGGCGCCGUUUCGCUCCUCACCUUCAAGGGCUGGGGAGGCCUCCAACCCGACAACCCCAUCGGCGUCUUCGUCGUCACCUACAUCCUCAACGCCAUCUUCCUCUUCAUCUACGCUGGUAGCCAGAUUCUCUUGGUUGUCGGCACCCUCACCGACCGAUGGCCACUGGGCGAUAUCGGUUUCGGUAUCUUCUUCUUUGUCAUCGGCCAGGUCAUCCUCUACGUCUUCAGCGACGCCAUUUGCGACGGUGUCCAGCACUACCUCGACGGGCUUUUCUUUGCCACCAUCUGCAACCUGCUCGCCGUCAUGAUGGUCUACAAGUACUGGGACUCCAUCACCCGCGAGGAUCUCGAGUUCUCUGUCGGCGUCAAGGCGCACAACUGGGAAGUCAAGGAACUGCUGCCCGAGGAGGAGAAGCGUGGAACCAUUUUCCAUCAGUCGGAAUACACUCCUUCGAUUUACGAGCAGCCUUACCACCGCUCGUCGCACUACUCUCUCAACCAUUAA